UUUUGUUGAUUUCAUCACCUGCAGAGCCUACCACAGAUGCAUUUGGUGACCAAAGUCAAACGCACCUACAGCUCGCGCUCGCGGCUAUCACUCCCGUCCUCAUCGCCAUCGUCGUCACCGCCGUCGACGACGAAGCGCAAGCGCCUCGGGGAAGGCGCCGAGAACGAGCCUCCAACAAAGAAACGGAUAACAACCAAAACCUCGUUUUCGCAGAAAUCCGCAAAGCCAAAACAAAGUGUUCUAAGGCAGCUUCAUUUUUCUAUAGAAACUUCAGUCCUACGAACCUGCACAAUUUGUGGCCUCUCGUAUACACGAGGCGCACCGGAUGACGAAACAUUGCAUCGUGCCCAUUGCUCACGCGUGCAAAGGGGAAUGGAGUGGGGCAGAGAGGAAGAACGUGAAGCAGAGAAAGCUGAUGUAGAAGAAAUACAAUCUGCAGUAAAGCUGAAAGAUGGAAAGAAAGGUCGCAUCAUCUGUUUCAAGGCGAAUGUUGGUGGAAGAAUUGGAUCUAAGCUUGCGAUAUUGCUCGAGACGAUAAAUAUUGCCCUUUCAUCUCCUCCGCUAUCGACCGAAAUUCUACAAUCAUCGAAAGCAUACCUCUAUCUGAUACCAUCACUGACGAAUACACACCGAGAGAAGAUAGUAGGCUGCGUCAUUGCUCAACGAAUAUCCACCGCCAUGACUGUUGCCACUCCUUCAGACAUCUUGCUUAAGGGUAACUCUAAUCAAGCCGCUGACCGCGACUCGCCCCCGUCAUCGCCGACUCACAGACUGGUCACAGUCGACACGACCUCGGGACUCUUUUGCCAUCCAAAGGCCUUACCUACGCCCCUCGGUAUACCACGUCUAUUUGUCUCAUCGGCACAUCGACGGCAAGGUAUCGCUAGCCGCUUACUAUCAGCUGCAGCUGCGACCUUCAUCCACGGUUGUCCACUUGACCCUGUCAAUGGUGAUGUCGCAUUUACACAACCGACCGAAGGAGGGCACGCCGUCAUGCAAAACUGGGGUAGAGGAGGUGUAAGAAUAUAUGAGGAGUAACAUGCUGGUCGAGCAGUGUGGAGUUUCUGACAUACCCCCGGCAACGUUGAGCUCUGGGCAGACAGCAAAAACUGUGCAACAUUGGAAUUGCAGGGAUUGUCAUAUAGCACAGCAACGAAGACUAUUGUUACUUUCAAUAUCUUUUGUGAGCUAUCCACGGACGAUAUAGUACAGCAGCUAAUUUUUGUACA